AUGCCCCCGCCCCAAAGCCCGCCUGAGACCAUUGUGCCUCAAGAUUUUUCCAAACCAGUCAAGCUACUGACUGCCAAAACGCUAGAAAGAACAGCCGACCAAGCAAUCGCAAAGAUAAUCGACGUGAAAAACUUGAAAAACGCGAUCGUUCGUGACUUUGUUCACACGCAUCACAUAAUUCAGAAGAUCACUGAAUCACAAAAUGCCAAAAUCAACACGAUUAAGCACGAUUCUUCAGCGGCCCCUCCUCAGCAAAUCAGCAGCGCCGUUUCGGACGACAGUUCCGACGACGACAACGGAGGCUUCCUCUCGCCCACCGGCGUGGUGACGCCGACAAAGGCCGCGACCUCAUUGCAAGUCGCUUUGAACUCCCCCGCCUGCCCAACCAGCCUCAAGCCCAGCACUACGAAUGGAUCUGGAAUACGCCAAAAAACUCCCAGCGUGAAUCGAGAUGUACAAAAAUAUUGUGAAGCAUCUGGUAUUAGAUCCGAAACGCGGUGGAAGCCUUGCACCUAUGAAAGGAGGGAACGGUCUUCAGCUGCAGCGAAAGUUUCCCGACCUGAUUUGGGAGCAGUCACUCUACAUUCACCAGAACAAAGCUGA